AUGGGAAGAAAGAAGAAGAAGGUCGAUAAGCCGUGGUGCUGGUAUGUGAAAAAUUUUUUUUAAAAUAAGGUUCAUGCAUUUCAGGUAUUGUAAUCGUGAGUUCGACGAUGAAAAAGUUUUAAUUCAACAUCAGAAGGCCAAACAUUUCAAAUGUCAUAUAUGCCACAAGAAACUGUUCAGUGGACCCGGGCUUUCAAUCCAUUGCAUGCAGGUGAGCUCAGUUUUUUUUUUUUGAGUCCAACUUUUUUGAAUUUUGCUCCACUAAUUUCCGUUUAAGGUGCACAAAGAAACAAUAGACAAGAUUCCCGGCGCAGCACAAGGAAGAGAUAAUAUCCACGUUGAAAUCUAUGGAAUGCACGGCGUUCCGGCUGGUUCAUACCGGGGAGGUUAAAAUUUUUCAUGUAUUUUUUAAAGAUUUAUUUUUUAAAACAGUAAGCAUUUUUUAAUUUCCUAUUUUUUACAGAUGCAGCAGAAGACGAGCCACCAGAGAAGAAAUUACGAGAUGACAUGGUUCCUUUGCCGCCGCCACCUCUUCCAGCAGGAGUCCCAUUCCCGCCUAUGCCGUCAGCAUUUAUGCCACCUAUGCCUGGGAGGCCGCCGGCUGGUAAGUUUUUCUUUCUGUUUUGUUUUUUGAAACAAAAAUUAAAUUAAUUCAUUUUCUUCAAUUUUACGCCAUUUUUGCGCCAAAUACAUUCAAAAAAUUCGAAAAAACGAAUUAUCUCAAUAUUGUGAACCCGUUUUCGAAAAUAAUUUACAUGAACUGAUUUCCAACUUUUAUUUUUGAGUUCCCUAGGGCUUUUUGAUAAUCAAGUUUGAUAUAAAAGCAGGGGAAAGAGAAGACUAUUUAACUGGAAAUGAGAACGAGAUUUUACUCACAGGUCUUCCACCUUACAUGCCCCCGAUGCCCCACGGGAUGCCGCCCAUGCCACGCGUUCUGCCUCCGGGAAUGCCGCCGGCCCUGCCUCCUGGAAUGCCGCCGAUGCUCCCACCAGGAAUGGCCGGAUUUCGUCCUCCUCCAGUUCGACCUCCAGGAUUCCCGCCACAACCACCUGGAUUCUCUGGAAACCAUGCCGCAGCUUUUCCGCCUCGGUUUGUCUUCUUUUAAUUCGGAUAAAAUGAAGAUGUAGUUCAAAUAAAACUUAGUUUUUCGGCUUGAACUUUCAAGAGCUUUCAAUGUUUAAUCUCUUUGAAAGUUCUCUAAAACGUUAACUGAUCAAUAGUUGAUAUCUUUUUUGAAAAGUUAAUAUUUCAGUCCGAUGGGCGGCGUGUUGCCUCCGCCACGGAUGGCAGCCAUUGCGCCAGAGGAGCCACGGACUUCUCGGUUUGAUAAUGGAUUCCACCAGCCCCCUGUUGCAAAGACACCACCUCGAGAAGAGUAUGGUGGCAGAGGUUUUUUUUUAGGGUCCAGUUCUGUUAAACCUGAUUCUUUCAGCACCCAAAGGGGAGUUGGGCAAUGGAGAUUACGAAGAAGAAAUAAAGCCUAAUUUGGUAUCUAACAUUCCUUAUGCCGAACCAACAAAUACUGUUCGUUUGUCCCUCUUGCUCAUUUUCUCAUUCAUAGCAUUCAGAAUACAAUAGCACCCGUCGCAAAUGUUGCAAGUAAGUUGGGCUCGAGAACAAGAAUUAUUCAUCCUGAUGAUCAUCAAAUUUCAAUGGUACGGCCUAAAAAUCAAAAAUCUCGCAAUUUCAAACGUUUACAGGAAGAGCGCCGAGCAAUGUUGAUACUCAACGACCGAGGUUUUCGUUAA